AUGGCCUACAGCUGCUGCUCUGCCAACUUCUCCUCCCGCUCCCAAAGGAGCUGCCUGCCCUCCUCGGGUUCCUCCUGUGCCUCUCCCUACCCCAGCAACCUGGUCUACACCACCACCAGCUGCUCUCCCAGCACCUGCCAGCUGGGCUCCUCUUUCAGCAGUGGCUGUCAGGAGACCUGCAUUGAGCCCAACAGCCGCCAGAGGUCCUGUGUGGUGCCCAGCCCCUGCCAGACAGCCUGCUACUACCCCAGGAGCUUCACACCUUGCAGUCCCUGUCAGGGGCCAUCUGCUGGGUGUCUGGGCUUGGGAUCCAGCAGCUGCCGUUCCCUGGGCUAUGGAUCUAGAAGCUGCUACUCAGGGGGCUGUGGGUCCAGUGGCUUCAGAUCUCUGAAUUACAGCUUUCCAACCAGAUAUUACAGAUCCACUGUCUGUAGCCCAAUCUGUGUUCCUUCUAGGGGGUUCUAUUCCUCUUGUUACCAACCAAUCUAUACAUCUGGCUUCUGUUAA